UGGUAACUACAAAGCAGGCUCGGGUUUCCGCCUUCCAAGCUUCAUGGAAUGUUGGAGUGGCCGGCAAAAGUGUCUUGAUAUGUGAUUUCUUGCAAAAUGGACAACUAAUAGGAUUAUAUCACUGUUGCACUUAUAAAUUGUAUCGAAUAAUUUGGAUUUAUCAGCAGGAGUUAUGUAUUUUACUGGCGCAAGACCUUGUCGUGUUACAUGCUCUUGUCUUGUCUAGGCCCACUCUGCUCUGCUGGCACUCCCUGCUGUAACCUCCUUGCUUAGAGACUGAUAAACGAAGCACGCAAUCAUGGAUCGAUCUGUUACAGUUGCAGAACAAAAAUUAGCCGAAAAAUUGGUUAUAUUAAAUCGAAGAGGAAGGGGCAUGCUUACACGAAUUUUCAAUAUUAAGAAGGCAUGCUCCGAUGCAAAGUCAAGACCAGCCUUCUUGGGUGAAAAAUCUUUGGAGGGAGCAAUCAAAAUUAUUCUGAAAAAGUUCCCAAACUUGGAGAACACUAGGGGUGCGAAUAUGCAGCCAGUGUUCCAGAUGCAUGCUGAUAUUGUGAGAGGGCUCACAAACUAUUAUUACACAUUUAUAGAUGUCAUGGACUUCAAGGAUCAUGUUGGCGAGCUGCUUACAUCCAUUGAUGCAAGUUUUGUAAAUUUUGAUAUUACAUUAAAUUUUCACCUUACAAAAGCCUAUCUGGAUCUGAUUGUCACAUAUGCAACACUGUUCAUCAUGGUCAGCCGAGUUGAAGACAGGAAAACCGUGCUCAGUCUUUUCAAUCAUGCAUAUGAUAUACAAAAGGGCCAUGGUGAGAGUGGUUUUCCACGCCUUGGCCAAAUGAUUUUGGACUAUGAAGUUCCAUUCAAGAAGCUAAUGGAGGAAUUCACUCCACAUGCCCAACGAGUUGGCAUAGCAUUGCAGUCUGUGCAUGAACUUUACAGACGAAGGAAUCUCCCAGGAGACCAGAUGCGACAAGGGCAACAUCUAAGCUUGACAAGUAUGCCACAGAACAUGUUGAAUCCAUCGCAAAGUGAAAUGGUGCAGUGUGAAUAUCUUUCGAUCGAAGAAAUGGCGAAAUGGAUACUUUUUGGCUACAUGUUGUGCCCAAGCCAGCUUACUGCCCAGCCAGGUGCAUUGGACAUUUGGAAACUUGCACUGCAGGAUGGGUAUUGUGUGAUGCUAUUUCGUGACGAAGUCAUGAUGGUACAUAAGGAAUUUACUACGGUCUUUGAUGGCAUGAAGGGGAAAGAGAACUCCAAAAGGAAAAGGGAUAUAGAAGAAUCCCUGAAUUAUGCCAUGACGAAUAGUGCUGCGUUUCAUCGUGACAGACGCCAGUAUCUACGAAUGGCCAUUGAAGAACUGAACGAAAUCCUUGGUGAUCAACCCGGGCUGCUUGGUCCAAAAGCAUUGCUUGCAUUGCUAGCCUUGUCUCUAGGAAAAGACGAAAUUCAUUGGCUGUUAAGGCAUCAUUGUAAUCCUCCGCCAAGGGGAAGAAAAGUCAACUUAGAUGAGUAUAGUGACAGUCAGUUACCUCGACUUCUCCAUGGUAUCGUUGGAUUAAGAGAUUUGUUCUUUCGAUAUAGUCAAGUUAUACAACGAUAUUUCGCCCAAUAUUUAUCGGGAUUUGAUGUUGCUGUACUGAAAGAAGUUAUACAGAAAUUAUCAGUAUGCUCUGAAGACGAAUCGUUGAUAAUGACCUCAUUUGUUGAAAUCUUGUCUUCGAUUGAUGUUGAUCAAGCAACUACUGAUGAGUCGGUGGAUCUGAGGGGAGUUAGAUUAGACUGGAUGAGACUACAGGCAUAUACGAGUGUAAGAGGCGUGGUCCCUGAGCUUAAAGACAUGCGUGAUUUGGCCACGUUGAUGAACACCAUUGUAUUGCAUACGAACCUUGUUGAUUCCCAAGCUGAAAUUUUGAAUGAAGUCUCAGACCUUUCGUUAUUUUGUUUCUACCCAAGUUUUUUUGAAAAUACAUUUGUUUCGUGUCUGGAGAACCCUCGACAAAGGAGGUUCGCUAUCGCUUACCCAAUGAUAUGCACUCAAUUCCUGAACUGCUGCGAUCCACUCUGCCCUGAAGAGCGCCAUCCAAUUGGAGAUCGUAGCCUCUCUGCAGUUAACUCCUUCCUCAACGCAAUGACUUUCAAGGCAACGCAUUUCAUUGGGCAGCUCUGUGAAGACCAAUUACAUCUCGCAAAACAGCUUUGGGCUGGAAAUUCAGUCGCCUCAUACGUCGUUGACGAGCCAGUAAAAACCAAGAAGGACAAGCCACGUCCACCAAUGAGGAAACCCGGUGAGGAAAGCAGAAGAAAGAGCGUGGAAGAUGUUAAAGCAAUUGAGGACAAACUGCAAGGGCAAAAAGACCUGCUGAUCUCUUUGAGUCAUACCAAGGAAAUUAUGGUCUGGGAACACACGUUCACUCCCAAAGAGUACCUUGUCAGUCAUUUGGAAGAGUUCUUCACCAAGACCGUUACGAAGCUAGCGAAUUAUAGCGAAGCCACUCAAGAAAUCGCACGGCCUAGCUUGCUGCUAAGAGAUGUUAAAGUUUACAUGUCAACUUUCUAUCGCGUCGAGGAAUCAGUGAACGUUGACAUGGGUCGGAUCUUCAAUGCAACCCUGCUGCAGCAAACACAAAGUACGGACAACUCGGGGGGUCCAACGCUCACAAGUACAUACACCACGUGGUACAUUGACGUAUUCCUGAAACGAGUAACAGGGGACUCUGGUAUCAUUUAUUCACCAGCCCGACAGGCAUUUGUCAGUCGAAGUCGAUCAAACCUGAAAGCAGAAAAUUAUACAGAUGUAACAGAAAUGAGAUCUCUGGCAGAGCUUCUAGGUCCGUACGGUGUGCGAUAUUUUUGCAGGAAGAUGAUGUCGCAAGUUGUCGCCCAAGUAGACGAGCUGAAGAACUUAGUUCUUAUAAACAAAGACGCUUUGGUUGUGCUGAAGGAUAACUUCAACAAGCCUGCCUUGUGUGUCGAAUACAUUAAAAGACUGCGGAAUGUCGACGAUGUUUUGGCAAGAACCACUAUUAUAGGCGUUUUAUUGUGUUUCCGAUCGUUACUUGCAACUGGCCUAAAAGAUGUCCUUGAUAACCGAGCUUCAUUUUUGAUGAAAGUUUUACGAGACUUCAAAGAAAACAACCCUCGAGAUGAAAUGACUGUUACCCACGAAAUGAUUCAAGCUGCAGGACACGAUGGUAACUUUGAUGCUGAUUUAUUCCACGCUCUGAGGAGUGCAAGAGACAAAAGCGAAGAAGACAGCAGUGUAUGGGACUUGUUGCUGGUAUUCUGGGCCACGACAAUCCCUACGUUGGCUUACAAAGAUACCACGGAGUACAUACCUGCUUUGGAAGGCCACUUUAACAACGCGCACUGCAUGGCUAAAGCUGUGAAUGCUGUCUCCAAGGCGAUUUUCACUAUAACGGAAAUGGAUUCCAAAGAAAAAAUGAAAGAUUUUCUAGCUGUUGCAUCAUGCAGUUUAUUAAGACUGGGCAUGGAUCCCCCUUCGAAGGAGCUUAUCCCAAAACAACGGGAAUCGACUUAUAUACUUCUCGAUCUGAUUGUACAAGAGUCCUCAGACCUAAGUGAUGACGUUCUUGAUCUGUGUUUUCCGUACGCGCUGAUGAGAGAAGCCUACCAAAUUAUUUACAAGAAACAACGUGUAUACACAGGACUAUAUGCAAACGUGAAAUCAGACCAGGAACAAAAUUAACUAGCUCAUUUCUAGCUAAGGAGAAUCUUAUAUACAGUUUUUUACUGCGAAUUAAAGGCCGUCGUUUGGCUUUCACGUUUUUAUAAGUAAUUAGUUUUGUACAAAUCAAUAAAAUUUAACCGUAUGGAAUCUCAUUCUUGCAACUAAAGACUGUGCAUAUUUUUGAACUCAAAUCAUUGAUUAAGUCGUGUCAGUAUUGGUUCUAUUUGAGCUUCAAUAUAAAUGUGCACCAAAGCCCUUCUCAUUGAACAUCAAUGGGGGGGGGAGGAGGGGGUGGGGACAAACUGAAACUAAGUUUGGUUAUCAAUUAUUAACAAUACAGCUUGUUACAUAAAAAGCAACUAGUCGAUGUUCAGGUUGGCUGUUCUCAAUAUUUUUGAAAAAGUUUAGGCUUGGGUGCUCCUGCGUUUUUUCUUAUAUUAAGAAGAUGUAAGCUGAAGAAAUGUAGACAUGGGGCAAUAUUAAACUGCAGAGAAACAGUAGAUUUGUAUUUUGCAAGUAUUUCUCCUUGAUAACAUUAGCAAAAAAACACCCUGUGUUGAAAGAUAUAUCCUUGAUAACAAUGCCCAUUCAUUAGUACCUCAGCCGCUGCUUGUUCCUAAUUUGCCUUGGUUUUGACCAAUCUUUGGGCUCAUGCUCUUGUAAAAUUGUUCUGAUCAGGAGUGUAGCUUUCUAUAAAAUGCGGGACCAUGGUCCCUAGCCUCCCUUUAGCACAGCCUCUCUUCAAUUUAAAAAAGGCUUUCUGGCAACCUGAACUCGUCCCUAGUCAUUUUUCAGCAGGAUUAUCUCAAAAUGUUAGCCUUUGUUAUAAUCCUCCCCCUAAUCCUUGCGGUAUUCAUGCUUGAACUGGUCACUUGGCUGAAAGUCAUUGAGACUGCUGGGGCUGCACGAAAGAGAUGUCACAAGACAUGACUUCAUGGACAUGAUACAUUAGUAUAAUAUUGACUGAAGUAGUCCAUCUCUGUACUUUGUACCAUACAUUUUGAAAUAUGAGAAUACCAUCUGCUGUGAAGAAGACACUGUACUAGAAACGAUUAAACAGCAACCACAAAGAUUGAAUCAAUAACUUGUAAUGUCGUCCUUUCUAUACCCGUAUUUUUCCGUGCUUAUUUUGCUAGUAGCCGUUAAAUUCGUUGUAUUUUUCCAUAUUCUUGUCCGUUCAGUAGGCCAUCUUACAAGCCCUUUAUCGUGCGCAAAUACAGUUAACUUACUAAUCGCCUCGUUUGACCAAUGCAAUGCAAUGCAUAGCUUCUUUAUAACCAAUCUUAUGAAGUUCGAUUGUAUGUAACUGAUCAUUUUUGCUGACUUCCUACGGGUAACGUUUAAUGAGUAGCAGAAUAAACCAGAUGUAGAUUUUCUGAACUAUUUUCUUUGGCAAUAAUCGUCAAUUGAAGGAAACAAGGACAAUUUAUUGAUUUUCAACUUACUUGAUUUGUUAUUCUCGCGAAUGAAUCUUUGUUAUUCUGUGACUGGUGAGCGAGUUUAUUUCAUGAGUGAAAAUGUGAUAACUUAUAGGCAGAUUGGUGUAACGAAACUACAACUAAACUUUAAUUGGAAGACCAUUACAGGUCGCUUAGCAUCGUCUGGGAGAAAAUGGUCAUUAACAAAGAUAUUUGCAUUGUCUGGAUAUUUUUUAUUUGCAAGUUUUUUGAGUCUCGUUCUUUGUGUUUCAACUUAACAACUUGAAAAUCCUAAAAUUUUUAUUCCACUUAAGGACAAACCUGCCAAUACAUUAAGAUAUCUGGUAUAAAUUUUGGAUAAGGUUUUUCAUUCGCUUUUGAAGUCCAAGGAACAGUUGUGUGUUCUCGUCUAAAUCAGCAGUGGUCUGUCAGUAAGUAUUUAUCUUCUAGUGAAUAUGUAAAUCGCAUCACAACAUUCCACCCCACCCAUUCCAACUGCUUUAAAUUAUGAGAAAGUACAGUACUCUUCGUUUCUUGUCAACCUUAAGACAAAGCAGAAAUGUUAAUUGGUUACUUUGAAAUUACGUGUAGCUUCUUCAUAUUAUCUAAACAGCGACGUCAACCUAAUUAUUUAGUUUCUACCUAUAAAAAGUAAUGUGAAA